AUGGAUUCACAGCAAGAUAGCCAAGACACUGAUGCAGGAUCCAAGAGCGAUCAGGAUAUCUUCACGACUCCUCCAACAAACGCCAGAAAGCGACGUCGCUCUGCUUCCGGCGGCUCUUACCGUGCCGACUCCCCAACAUCAAGAGUGGACCAUACUAUAGCUGUCAACCCGCGCAAGAAGCGCACUGCCAACCAACCUGCUCCGUUGCUUUAUGUGGCAAACGUAGAGGAGACCGCAGUUCGUGUGAGCGGCUCAACAGCAGAUCUGGGCGACACGACGCUUCUCAGGAUCCAAAAAAUGCUCAGCCGUGCCGACCAGCAUGGAGCCAAUCAAAACGAAGCAAAGAUCGCCCUCCGCCGAGCAGAACAGCUCAUGCGAAGACUCAACAUUAGCAGAGCUGAGGUCUUGGCCCAUAACCCAGACGAUCGGCAAGACUUUGCCGGCCACAGCAUUGUCACGCUUCGGAGAAGUGAUGGCCAUCCGAUGCUGCCUGUUAGGCUCAAUUGUUGGGUUCAAAACCUCGCCCACGCUAUGGGCCUCUUUUUCGCGGUCAAGUCGUUCUCCACCAAAACAUGGUUUAGCGAGCAGCGUCUCAAUUUUAUCUUCUAUGGAUUUGCUGAGAGCACUGUCACGGCUGCCCACGCCUUUGUGAUGGUUUUCAAUUUGCUCGGGUCCUGGGCUCAGAAAUACAAAGGCGUUUCAAGGAGGAACUCAUAUUGUCGCGGUGUCUGCAGAGCAUUACAAGACUUGGCUAAGAGCGAGAAGGAGGAGGAGGAGAGGGCUCUCAAAAAGGCCGAAGCAGAGAAGCAGGCGAUCAGAGUGGAGCAGGAUGAGGCCGAGAGACAGGCGGAGUUGGAACGAUUGAAGAAUCCGUAUGUGGAGCCAUACACCUCUGACAGUGACGGACGCGACAGUGGUCUCGCAGCGCGUGACUCAAUCCGAGACUACCGCGACUCUCCAUAUUCACCACAAGACACUCUUGGUGCACGAGAKCCUCUCGAUGGUGAUGCCAGCGAUGCCGACGGUGAUGAAGGUGGUGAUCUACACGACAGCGACGACGACGAUAGCGCUGAUGACAACGAAGUCGACACCGAAGAGCAAGGUAUACAGAACUUACUCACAUGUAUCUUGUCGCCGACACCCAAGUCUACAGCCUCCACGGACCCUCCUACUACCGCCAAAGUCCCGGGACACCGCAGCCCAGCACCACCCACAGGCGAGAUCCCUGUGCUCGAGGAGGUGCCUCGUUGGGACUCACACACGGCACUCAUUGCCUAUCGUCAUCAAGCGGACAAGGUGGCGGAUGAUUGGGCGAAGGAUAACGGCUUGGAUCUUGAAUAUUAUCGGAAGAACAAGGCCAAGCCGUUCAAUCUCGCUGCGUAUAAUAGUGAUUGGAGGGUGAAUUUCACGACUGUCUUCUUACGCUUCUUGCUCUUUCCGUCUUCGAGAAGUCGUCGAUUUGAAGGUCUUUCUGGUUUGACAGGAGCGGUUACAUAG